CGAGAUAGAGAUAGGCGAAUUGCUGGCUUCUUCAAAGUUGCUGCUGCAGCCGCACUUGUGAACAACCACCUUUCCGUUGCUCCGUGUAACUUCUCACUUUCUCUAUCUCCUCUCUUCGUUUACCUUCCGCCGCCGAAAGCGUUCGAAUAUGUCAGGCGCUUUCAACUAUCCGCGCGAGGAGCACCACGUUGUAUUGAACGUCGAUGAUGUGGUGGACGUAUCCUGGUGGUCGACCUUUGCUAAUACACUCGUGAUCCAAUGCUAUGAACGAGGCGACAUCGAAGCAGGGCAGGAAGAGAGUAAGAUGCACCACAGCCUCUCUCAUCAUCGUAGCUCCGCUAAUUUGCAAUGAAGCCUUCAACAUAGUGAUUGACCAGAACGGAACGGAACCAUGGUCGCCAAUCUACCUAUCCCGACGAUUCGAUGACUGGUCUAUCCCCGCAGGGUGCAUACUUUCGAUGGAGGAAGCGGGCGCCGGGAACAUUGGAGGUGCCACGAUAGGCGUUACCUCCGCCACCUCUUCCCAAGCUGCAUCGAUAUUCGCAUUGUCUUCGACGGUAGCGUUGAACACCGAGACUUCGUCUUCAUCAACGCCAACACCGACACCAUCCACGACCCCGAUCUCAAGCCCCGCUAGUACAGUACCUUCGGCACCAUCGACACCGACACCCACAGGGCCGAUCGAUACCACCGCGACAGGUGCAGAUAACAGCGGCGGCUUAUCGGCUGGCGCAAAGGCUGGUAUUGGUGCUGGUGUCGCGGUGGGCGCACUGCUUGUUGCAGUAGCGGCAUACGUAUUCUACCGUAAUCAUCGCAAGAUGAAAGACAUGAAUACCAGAAUGAGUUAUCAGCCCGAAGCUGAAGCCCAGCAGUACGAGAAGCCACCUGGUGUUACGGUCGCGCAUCACGCUGUUGACGGCGAUACAAAGCCAUACAACAAUGCCCCGACUUGGUCACAGGAACUCCCAUCGCCGCACGUGCCGCCGUCGGAGCUAGCCGCUACGCGGUAGGAAUGCAAAUGCUCGGUGUAGAACAAGGAUGGAUGUCAUUGAUCUGCUAUGCGUCUGCAUCGCGGAGGUA